AUGGCCGCCUUACAAAAUGUGGACCCCGCGCUUAGGGUCUACUUCAAGAAACACUCCAUACCUGACAUCUAUGAGGCCCUGUUAUGCGGUUUAUUAAUAAUGCGCCCUGAUGAUCCACUCAGGUUUUUAGAAGAAAAGAUAAAAGAAAUAAUGGAAAAGGGUCUAUAUAGCAUUUUGUGGAAUAUGUGUAUUGAUCCAGCCUUAAGCCUAAGGCUAAAAGUGAUUUCAGAAACGUAUUUACACACCCUUUUGGGACUUGAUGAUGAUCAGCUGAUGACAACAGAGUUGUGUGAUAAAGCAUGGGACUUUUAUAGUACCAGGUUGAAGAGAAUGUGCUUUGAUGCAUGGAUAAAAUAUUGUUCUAUGAAGAAAAUUGCUGAAGAAAUGCUACAGAGAAAGUUGUCUUUUGCAAAAUGCUUCUAUGAAAGAAAAUUAUUAAAAUUGAUAUUAAAAAGUUGGAACGCUUGUAUUCUUUUACGCAAAAAACAACAGGAACGAGCAGCAAAAAGAAUAGGAAAAGUCUUUGAUUGUACUCUACAGAAGAUAAUCUUAAUGGCUUGGAAAAAAGAGAGUGCUUUUACUAGAAAGGCUAAAGCUGCUAAAAGAUAUAUAGAGCAUGUGGAAGGCAAGACUGAGGAACUUAUUUUUGCUGAAGGACUUCAUGCUGAGGGGCGUGAAAGACGUCACUCUGAGAAGCGUCACUCCGUCUUAAGACAUCAUGUUGAAGAAACCAUGUUACUAUUACACUUCAGAUCAGGAAAAGACUUUUUGACAAAGUUGCCAGAAAGAGCAAUAGCUCAGGUCUUCCACCAUUUAACUUUAAUUGAUUUGGCAAGAUGUGCUCAAGUUAGCCGAGCGUGGAAGGCAAUGACACAAUUGACUUCAGUAUGGAGCAAUAUUAAUUUUUCUGCAGUAAAAGAUGUAGUGAGAGACGAUAUAGCAGGAAAUAUUUUGCUGAAGUGGCGCACUAGUGUGGUGAAUUUGAAUCUUCGUGGUUGUGCUACUCUUCACUGGCAUACUUUUAAAAAUAUUGGUCAAUGUAAGAAUUUGCAAGAGUUAAAUGUCUCUGAAUGUCAAGGGUUAAAUGAUGAAUUAAUGAGACUUGUAUCAGAAGGUUGUCCAGCUCUCCUUUACUUAAACUUAUCCCACACAGAUGUUACAAAUGGGACACUAAGACUUCUGUCAAGGGGCUUCUCCAACUUACAAUAUUUAAGUUUAGCUUAUUGCAGAAAAUUCACAGACAAAGGUUUACAGUACCUCGGCUCUGGAAGAGGAUGUCACAAACUCAUCUAUUUGGAUAUUUCAGGCUGCCUCCAGAUCUCGGUGGAAGGCUUCAGGAAUAUUGCUAACAGCUGCAGUGGUAUCCAGCAACUGACAAUUCAUGAAAUGCCCACUCUGACAGACAGAUGUAUUCAAGCUUUAGCUGAAAAGUGCAAACAGAUUGUGUCUGUUGAAUUCAACGAGUCUCCACAUGUUUCUGACACAGGUUUUAAAGCCCUUGCUCAAUGUAAACUGAUUAAAAUGAAGAUAGAAGGAAGCAAUCGAGUUACUGACCUAAGUUUCAGACUGAUGACCAAAUUCUGGCCCAAUAUGAAAAGUAUUGGCGUGCCUGACUGUCAGAAGAUAACAGAUGUGGGUCUCAAGCUAAUUGCACCACUGGAUGAUAUUGUUGUGCUAAAUUUAUCAGAUUGCAUGAGAAUCAGUGAUGGAGGAAUAAAAUCAUUUGUUGAUGGUUCUUCAGGCUCAAGGAUAAGAGAACUAAACUUGGCCAAUUGUUCCUAUAUCACUGACAGCGCUGUCAAAAAAAUAGCUCAAAGCUGCCCAAAUCUGAUUUAUCUGAACCUGCGCUAUUGUCAAGCUGUGACUGAUACUGGGAUUGAGACUUUGGUACUGAUAUCUUCAUUGGCCUAUAUUAAUAUUUCUGGACUUGAUAUCACAGACCAGGCUUUGGAAACCCUUGGCAAACUAUGGAGAAUUAAGGAGAUUACAAUAUCAGAAUGUAAACUCAUUUCUGAUACAGGAAUUAAGAAAUUCUGUGUUGAAUUGAGAAAACUGGAGUACAUUGAUUUCUCUCACUGCCAUGAGCUAUCGAAUCAUUCAUUAAAAUAUUUGACAUUCAGUUGCCGUGGGAUUACAUCUCUCAGUAUGGCUGGUUGUUCUAAGAUAAGUGACGUAGGUAUUCAGUGCGUAGCAGCAUCCUGUACUUAUCUUCACUACUUAGACAUCUCAGGCUGCAUAAAUAUCACUGACAAAGGAUUAAAGAAUCUGUGGAAAGGUUGUCUACAACUCAGAAUUCUCAAGAUGCUGUACUGCACAAAUAUUACUCGACAAGCAAUUUUAAAAAAUAUAUCAAAACUCCAGAAAUAUGAAUACAAUGAUGAUGACCCUCCUCUGUGGUUCCGCAAUACCAGUAGUGAGUCAUCCACUGUGAAGAAACAUAGGAAACCUCGGCACAGCACAGCGAUACCUCCGCAGAGCACAGCAGAGAAAGGCUUGGAAUCCCCCAGCCCCUCCCCGCCAUCGGAAAAAAGUUUGGAAUCCAGCAGACCCUCCACGGAAGGAAACAGCCCCCCCCCCAAGCAGGAAACUAGAAGCUAA